AUGGCUCAAGAGGCGUGGUCCGACAUCUGCGUUCAAUGCGUUGAGCUUCUGGUCAAUGUUCCAGUCUCCGUAUUACUUGUCACCUUGGCCGCGACAUUGACUGGUUUCCUUGUGCUGGUCUACGCUACCCUCUACGCGGUCGCACCUGUACCACGGAAGCCUUACCCCGAAGAGAAACAAUAUCGAACGCUCACGAAAGAUGGAGCGAUCACGGAACCUCAAGCACUACCUUGUUGGCAAGAUGCGUUGGACGCCAAGAGGCGUCCCGGUCGGACCCUCGAUAACCCUUCCGUGGAGGAACCUGAGCUGUUCCUUUCUCUCGUCGUGCCCGCGUACAAUGAAGAAGAUCGUCUUGGGGGUAUGCUGGAAGAGGCUGUGAAUUAUCUUGAACGGAUGUAUGGGACGGUGACAGGCGCCAUUCCAAAUGGCGUGGAUGCCGAUCCAGCGCAGAAGACUUUCCGUCAGCGCAAGUUGGCGAACGGGCAUGCCAAUGGCAGUGCGACAUAUCACCCCGUGCACGACAACAAGGGCUGGGAGAUCAUCAUCGUCUCAGACGGGUCCAAGGAUAAGACGGAAGAGACGGCCUUCACGUUUGCCCGGGACCAUCAGCUCUCGCUGCACCCGAAGGGUUAUUCGGGUCCUUGGACCCCGGGGACGAAAGAGGGUGUCCACAUCCCGCCGGGCACGAUUCGGGUGGUGACCCUAACUGAGAACCGAGGCAAGGGCGGUGCGGUGACUCACGGUAUGAGGCAUGUCCGCGGGCAGUAUGUGGUGUUUGCCGAUGCCGAUGGAGCCAGUAAGUUUGAGGAUCUGGGCAAGCUUGUCGCUGCCUGUCAAGGGGUCGAGGACUCCCUAGGCCGUGGUGUGGCCGUGGGAUCUCGCGCCCAUAUGGUUGGAAGUGAGGCGGUGGUCAAGCGAUCCAAAUUGCGCAACUUCCUCAUGCAUUCGUUCCACUUGAUCCUCUGGCUGAUGACUCCAUCCAAGACCGCCACUAUCAAGGAUACCCAGUGCGGCUUCAAACUGUUUACUCGGGCAUCGUUGCCAUAUAUCAUCCCGUACAUGCAUUCCGAAGGAUGGAUCUUCGAUGUGGAAAUGCUCAUGCUGGCCGAGUUUGCCGGCAUUCCGGUGGCUGAAGUGCCGGUGGGCUGGCGCGAAGUCAUGGGCAGUAAAUUGAAUGUGGUGCGCGAUAGUGUCGGGAUGGCUUGGGGAUUGGCCGUUUUGCGGGCCGCCUGGUUAGUCGGCAUCUACCAGCGCAAAUGA